AUGGUUGUGCCCCAAAAGCUUAUAAAACAGCUGAACCUGUUGCAUGUCCAGGUUUUUGUUUUGCAAGCUGGCAUUUUAUAUACUGGGAGAUGGACGACUCGGUUUGCUCCACCAAAGACGCUGGAGGACCUUCAGGAAGUCAAGCAAAUUCCAACCGAGGACAGAGGCCCAGAGGUAAAUCCCUCUUGGUUAGCCGUCUAUGUGAAAACACCAAGUCUCCUCGCGUACAUCAAUGGGAACCUUGAGAAGCAAAUGGCUCGCAAAGUCGAAACAUGCGAAAUCCUGCGCAGGAAUCCCCAUCCAAAUAUCGCGACCUAUUAUGGCUACACUGGAGCCCACGGUCGAGUCUCUGGGUUGUGCUUCAAGCGAUAUACGUCCAAGUUACUUGAAGCAGUCAAUCUUCAGGGUCUGGGCAAGGUUGCUUUUCGUUCAAGUGCGCGCGAACUUGUCAGGGAGAAUAUGAUAAGUGGUCUAGACGGCGUUUUGGCUGCCAUCAAGCAUCUCCACUCGCUUGGACUUGCCCAUAACGACAUAAACCCUGCAAACAUUAUGGUUGAUGAAGACGACCAAGUGACAAUGUACAAGCAGUACUGCCCGCCAGGUGUGGCUCGAGUCAUCGCCUCAGGAAGCAGUGCGUUUAUUGGAGAAGUCAACGAAUCAACAGUCCUGAAAUAUCCUCUUGCCCCUGGCGGAGAUAUGAGCCGGCUUGAAGUUGAGAAGAAGCUUCUCGAAAUAGUCGGGCCCCAUAAGCGCGUUAUCAGACUCAAGGGUUUCUCAGAUGCCGGGCUCUACCUCGAGCGAGUUCCAAAUGGAACCUUGGCUCAAUAUCUCCUUGAAUCCGACGAUCCUCCUCCUUCACUCCUACAACGGAUAUCCUGGUGUCGAGAGACCGCCGAGGCAGUUGCAUGGGUCCAUUCUCGGGGCGUCAUCCACUGCGACAUCCAGCCUAUGAAUCUCCUCCUCGAUGAGGGGCUUCAUGUUAAGCUGUCCGAUUUCCAAGGGAAACAUCUUUCACGGGAUGGGACAGUGCUGCUUGAUGGGUUAAGCGGGGAGCCCGGAAGAUUCUAUUGCCCUCGAGCGGAUCCGUUCGACGCAGAUAUCAAGACAGAUCUGUUUGCGCUGGGUUGUACCAUCUACAUUAUUAUAAUGGGUUAUCCUGUUUUCCCAGACAUUGUUGAUGGACGAUUUGAGCAGCAGCAAUGGCCAGAAGAUACGCAUGCGUGCAGUGAUAUCACGUUGAAAUGCUGGAUGAAGGAGUAUGGAUCAGCGGAGGAACUGCUCCGAGAUCUGGAGCUCGUGGAGAAGGAUCUCAGAGCUGGGGCUGCCCCAGACUUGUGGAAGGGUCUGAACGAUCAACCUUCCGGCCCACUUGUUGGUGAGGUUGAGCCCAGGUGGAAGCCACUCGACACCAGUGUGCUUGCGUCGGGUGCUCUUGAUUCCUCUGCCGAGUGUAGCUAG